AUGUACCAAAAAGUGGGUUUUGGGGGGUUUUGGGGCAGAUGGGACAUUCUGAGAACUUUUUAUCAUAGCUCAUCAUUUUCAACACAUUUUUUCCUAUAGAAAAACACUGCUUAGAAAUAUAUCUCCGGGGGGUGCACUGAACCCCCUCCUUCCAACUGGACUAAUGUCAAAGACUCUUCGUGCUUAAGAGCAGAAAAGCUCAUGUUAUUGUGAGAAAUCUCUACAAGAGAUUUUUUUAUGUCUUCUGGGCUAUUUAAAGCCGUCAGUCUGAAACUUAUUUGACAGUUUCUUUUAUACUAACCAAUGCUUUCUUAUUUCUUCUUUAAAUCUUCACAGAAGAGUCAACCCACUCCUGGAAGUGGAGAAGCUCAGAGAAUUGCGUGCUCGGGCUUCAACAGGAGGUAAGAAACACGUUUAACUUAUGAUGACAGUAAAAUGCAAACUCAAAUUUAUAGGGGUGUGAUAUUAAACAGUAGUUUACCGAUGUGUCUCUAACACAAUCUUUUACCUCUUUUGCAUUUCAUAUGCAGAGUGUAACAUUUGAAACAUGACAGAGACCUCCCAGCAGACUAUAAUCUGGGACAGUUCAGAGUUAAAUCUGUGACAGUGCCAGCAAAAAUCUAAAGAUUCGCAAAUUUAGGAUUUGAUUUUGGACUUACACUGUGUUUCAUACUCUUUUUGUCACAAGACACACGUAUUUAUGUUGUACAUUUCAGUGGUUAUUUUAACUGAAUAAGACAAUUCAAAGGCUUCACAUAAGACAUUUACUGAUCAAUUAAUCAGUCAGACAAAGGAAAUGUGUAAAAACACUAAAUGAAAUAAAGAAGUUUUAUCAUCGUUUGCUCUUACUGGGAGUCUCUAGUCAAAAACUAGUAAAGUCAGGUAUGAUAGAUAAGAUACUCCUUUAUUAGUCCCACAAGGGGAAAUUCCCAGUAAGGGAAACAAAGACCAUUUUAAUUUACUGUGUUUGAAAUUGAAGGAAAAACAUGUUUUGUAUGAGGCCUUUCCCGGAUAAUAUGCAUUAAAAAAGCUUUGUUUCAAAAACGCUGUGUCAACUUAAAGAGAUUCAGCACUUAGGUUUUUAAUGAAUAAGUGUGAACAAAGAGGGGGUUCAUUUAUCAAUAACAACAACACAAAAACAGGGAAUAACCUUCAGGUAUUUUAAACCACUGUGAGUGUGCUGUAUUAUUUUUGAUACAUAAAGGCUCUUUUUCAGUUUGACUCUGAUACUUCCUCAAAGACCAUCCAGUGCAUGUUUAUUGUAUUUUAUCGUGUAUUUAAUCAGCCAUCAGCGGAGGUGAGUAAACUGCUCCAACAAUCAGCUGUUUAUUUGUGCAGUCACAAAAGCUUCUGAUAAAUGUUGACUAGUCACUGCAGACUCCUUAAAAACAUCACUACAGGUUGUUAAAACAAAUGUCACCACACGGUAACGGGUGUGUGCUUGUGUCUGCAGAGAUAUCACCUCCAAUGGUCUGGCUGGCUCCACAGCACCCCCACCUGGGGAGAAAAACAAGCAACCAAAGGAGAAGAAAUGGAGUUGUUCUUGGUUUUUUAAGUGCUGUAGUGUAAGUAAAGCAUAGGAAUACCAGUCUGGACUUCAAUGUUGUUAUAAGCAUUAGUUUUGGUUUAUCUUUCAGUUGAUUCUGUUACUGACAAAUCAAAAUUAUUUUUACUCCAUUAGAGAGAAAAGCGUGUGUCUCCUCUCUCUGAUCAUAAAGAUCAGCAAAAGCCUCCUCAGGAACUCCAGAGAAGGUAACAAACUCAUUUUGUUCACAGGAUGGAUCAAUUUUGGUGUCACCUGAUGAGUUAAAUCAUCACGUGACACAAAUCAGGUGUUAUCAAUUCUUUCUUAAAGCUCCCGUGAGGAAUUUUUGGUUUGUGUUGCUUCUUAUGCUUCUUUCAUAACCUCUCUUUCAAAUUGUGUUAAGUCUUGUUUUCAAACAAAAAAUCUCCCUGCUCAAUUUUAAAAGUCAUUGGUCAUCUUCACCUGAGAUAUUUUUGAAAAAGCCUUUUUAAAAAGCUUCAAUUUAGCGAAAUCAUCUGACACCUAUACCCCUGACAACAGUUUCUAACCCCACAAAUAACUUUGUAGAGAUAUGCAAACCCUUCAAAGGUGGUCUGAUUUGCUUUUUAAGGCCACACAGAGGCAUCCCUAUCAAUAUCAGUCAGUUAUAAUCGGCUGAAAAUUCCCCACAGUAGCUUUAACAUGAAGUCACUUGUACAUGAAAAUCAGUAUAUCUGCUAAAUAUGUCCUGACACAUUAUUUUUUUCUCCUUGAAACACACUCACAGUCCGUUCCUCAGUCUAUGAAUCAUUUAUUUAUAUAUGAAGAAGCGCUGUAAUGCUGUAGAAUAGCCAACUUGAUUUUUUUACUUUAAAUUUAAAUGAAAAGAGCAGUUUAAUACACACUUUCUGUACCAGAUUUAAUGUGGAGGUUGAUAUCUCAAUAAAGAAAGUUAUGGUUUGAGUUAGCUUGAGGUUAUCGCUUUCAUCCCCUUUUUAACUUUAUGUUCUUACUUGGGACAUGUUUUGAUUGGCAUUGAAAGUCAAUAAGGAUUAUUGGCAGUGCUGGUAAUGUGAAUUAAAAACUCUGAGUGUUGUGUUGGUCAAAUCUCGUCUCCUUAAAUUCAAUUCCACUUCAAUCUCAAUACUGAUUUUUGCAAAAAUAACCUUCUUUUCCAUGGAUGAGGUCAACUGUAAAAUAUGAUUCAGUACACGUAGAUUACUAGCCCCACACACUUGUAGCUCUUUGCUGUUCAUUGUUAUUUACAGUUUGUUUUUGUCUCACUGCAGCACUGACGAGGUUUCUCAGAGAAGAGUGCCACAGAGCGAACCGAGAGUCGCCUGUCAGCAGGUCAACCUUGGGUGAGUACACGUGAUUUUCUGGAUUCAUCACUUAAAUCCAUGCAGCUACAUUUUGAUAAAAACAAUCCUCAGUUUGUGUCUGGAGCUGUGAUAUUAAGAUAUGAUUCCAUUUGUUGUGUUUGUGUGUCAGAUUUCCAAACCCAGCCCAGAUCUGCUACAUGAACUCCAGCCUCCCGAGCUUGCUCACGCUCACACGGUUUGUGAGGGACAUCAGGAGCCAGGAGGAGGUCUGGAGUCUGAUCCCAAAGGCCCAGCUGAUGAGGUGUAGUAUCUGUAAACACACACACACACACACACACACACACACACACACACACACACACACACACACACACACACACACACACACACACACACACACAGUUAACUGUUUAAAAUAAGUGUAAAAGAUGACUAAAGUAGAGGGUUAGGUUGUUUUAUGCCAGACUGCAUGAGUAAGAGUGGUACACACAGCAGAUAACAGCCAGCAUAGCUGUCUGCGGGAGUUCCUACGUUAAAGCAAAGCUAUGCACUGCAGAUGGGUCACAUUAUUAUCGCCUUCAAACACCUGAACUAUCCUUGAAUAAUUUCACACGAAACAUGCCAAGUACAAGGUUUACGUUGAGAAAUGGUCUCUGAUUUGUUAGUUUUGUACACCAACGUUUCCUGGUUUGGUUCAGAAAAGAUCGUGGCUUGGAUUAAAAUUCAACUGUGAUCUUUACAUGCUAUCAAACAGCUUCAACAACAGAACGUGUUGUUGAAGCUACGAGUCAAACUUUUGACGUAAACUAAAAACUGAAAUACAAGAAAGAAAAGGAAUAAUGCAUCAAAAUUAAUAUUGCUAUUCAAAAUUGACCCAAAGCUAUUUUUGGUCCUCAGGAUAUGAGAAAUAUUAAGCUUUUGUCUUUUUUUAAAAUGAAAAAUCUGGUUUAUUGUGUUAAUGAACUAGCAUUUAAUGAUUAAUUAUUAAUAAUAGGUAUUAAUAUACAGGACUGAAACUGAGGAAAAGAUAAAAAAUAAUAAAUAAUAAAAACUUAUGAAAUAUGUCAAUGUCAGAUAAUUCAAAUGAAGUAUUGUAAUUAAAUGGGUUUUCAAAUCUGACAUAUUAAAAAAAAUUAACAUACCCCAAAUCAUUUUAACUGGUGAUCACAAAAAUGUCCCAAUCUGAGUUUGAUUGUUUUUUUUAAUGUUAGCUCGUAGUGUAAAAUGUUGGAUAACAAUAUAUUUUUUUCAAUGCAUUGUGUAUGUAGACUGGUAUAGGGUUACAAUUCUGGAAAUUAUUUAUCAUUUGAUAUUUAUAUAUUUAUAAACAGAGUUGAAGCUGGUGAAAUAAAUGUGAUCUAUUAUAAGUUGAAAACAAUAUUUAUGUAUAAUUUUAUGUCAGUUUUUGGCUUUGAACUUAUUUUUUGCCCUGUACUGUAAAAAUAGAUUUUUUUUAAGUCUAAAAAUGAAUCAACAUUUAAUAUAAAUGAACAGUAAAUCUGCUUACAAGAUUCGACCCAUUAAAAGAAGAGAUAAUAUCCAUGUUAAACUAUUUCAUGACAGAUUUUUUGCCAAGGAUAAGUUAAUUUCAGGAUGUCAGGAACUGUUUGUUGCUGAGACAUGAGGCUUCAGUUUAUCCGCAAAUCUUUAAAUCAAACUAAAACAAACUCCUCUCUGUUCCUCUGCCCUCUGCAGUUAUUUCAUGGACAUUGUUCGUCUCCGUGACGUGGGUGACACUCACCUAAAACUUAGGGCUCUGGGUAAAUUUAAGUGGCUUCUCUCUAUCCAGGCCCCAGAGUUUAUGGACCACGAUCAGAAAGUAAGUCAGCUCGUUUUCUUUAAAGUUUCACUAACUGCUCCUUGUCUGCUUAUCCAAUCAAACCUGUGUCUCUGUUUGCUCAGGAUGCCCAUGAGUUUCUGACUGCAGUUCUGGGUCAGAUGAGGGACCUGGCUGCGCUACUGAGGCAAGUUGCCUCUAUCCUUGGGAGGUCCUACAGAUGUCCCGUGGAAAGGAACCAGGUGUUCAGGAUGCAGAAUUGCAGAAAAUGCAAGAGGUAAAAACAUACAGAUGGUUGCAGGACAAAUUUACCUCCAGUUUGACUAAUGUGUUUAAUUUUUUGCUCAUUUUUAUCAAGUCAGGUCAAAUCUACAGUAAUCUUUUCUUUUAUCUUUACAUUUUCUUUUCACAACAUGUAUAGCUACAGUAUAUAAUCAUAUGUAUUGUCCUUUUAACGUGCAGAUGUGGCUCUGCCUCAGUGAGAGAGGAGGAAUUCCUGAAUCUCUCUCUGGACCUGAUUCCUGGGGGUUCGGUACAGCAGAUGCUGCAGGAAUACGAGAAGGUAUAGACGCUGGACUUAUUUAAUCAACAUCCACAUUGUCUGAUAUGAAGCCACUCAAAUGUUUCACUCUGCGGUUAUUUUUGGUUGUUGAUUUUCCAUGUUUAAUGUACACAGUAUCUGACAGCAUGUUUUCUCUGCAGGAGACAGACUUGGAGUUCAACUGCGAGUGUGGAGGCACAACAUCAGCACAGUGCUCCACCUUCACAACCCUGCCAAAGUGGGUGACGUUACAUCCAUCCCAGACUCACUGUUUCCCCCUGUUGCAGACACAUGCACAGAUUAUUUUCUGUUAAUUUAUCCUCAGUAUUUUCAUGCUCAGAAAUUCCCUCAGUUUAAUAAUCCUGUGGUCAUUCCCUCUCUGCUGCUCUCCACAGUUUCUUGGUGCUCCAAAUUAAGAGGUUCCACUUCACUGAGUCCUAUGAGCUUGUGAAAUGUCACGACCGCGUGGACCUCACCAGGGAACUUAUUGUGACAUCUAGCCAGGUAAGACAUUUAUGCGCCAGAGUGUAA